ACCCGCGUCCCAUGCAGUCCUCGUCGAGGUGUGGUUCACGUUGUCCUGGUUAGAAAUAUACGCCGCGUUGUGAAUCAAUGAAUCAACAAGUGCUGAAAAUUAAUUGGAACAUUACUUGCGAGGCUCGAAAGCUCUACAAAAUAAUGGAUUAGUGCUCCAUGUUAAAUAGCCGAGUCAAUUCGCGCUCGAAUCGAGACUCCCAUCGGCGAUAUUGUACUGAAUAUACAUAUAACAUCGGCGAACGUACGAAUCGUCGGAGACAGAGAGAAGGGAAAAUAUUAUUGUUUUCAAAAACCGGCGGACGACUCGUUGGACAUCGAAACGUAGGCUUCGCCAACGCUGAAACUCUCGCGUGAUCCAAAACUAUAAGUGUUACAUCGAAGAACGGAGUACCGAAAAUUUGAAUAUAAAUAUAAAGAAAGAAAGAGAAGUAAAAAAAAACGAAAAUUCAAAAAACAGUUCCAAAAGUGCAAUUUCCACGUUGUGAAUUUCGGAAUACAAAAAUCACCCCGCUGGAUAUAUUAUCGACGAACUUACGUCACGUUUACGGUGCUAAAUCGGUCAGACUUAUAUAGAGUGAAAACAGCUCAGCCAUGGUUCUCCCGUUGCGGCUGGUCCUCGUUUUGGGACUUAUAUUUUGCGGGGGCGACGGUCUUCCCACGGGAGCACCACCGGAAACAUGUCGUGAUUUGACGCCCGUACAUCCGGGUGGUUUCAUACAAGAUUCGCCACCUCCGUAUCAAGUCCUGCCGGCUGCCGGACAGGGAAGAGUUCGACUGAUCCUAGGAAGUCCUCAGGGUCUCGCUUACGAAGGUUUUAUGCUGGUCGCGCGGGAUAUCGACACCGGAAAAUUCGUCGGCGAGUUCGUGGGACUACCGGACGGAACUCACGCCAUCGAAUGCGACCAGGGAAUGAAGAGCGGUAUAACCCACAGCGACACGGAUCCGAAACAGAAUCUGGAGUUCGACUGGGAGGCACCGGAAGACUACAUAGGAACCAUAAUUUUCAACUCGACCUUCGCUCAAGACUAUCAGACCUAUUGGGUCGGAGUGGAGUCUCCGAGGGUCAGCGUACUGAGGAGAUCAAUCGACGUCAAGACCGUAGCGACCCCGGCACCGGCACCUAGGACCACCACACCUCCGGUUUGGAACCCUCCGGUCAAAGAAACGGCUACCGGCGUCGCUGAUCCCUUCUACGACGGAUGCGGGGCCGCCAAAAACUGCUUCGGACAUCCGGUCAACUGUGUCAGCCAAAAAAAUUGUCAGGCCGCUGUCUCGGUUCUGGUUCGAGGAGAUCGUUAUCUCUUCGAGGUCUACGCGAGGAACAGCGUUUACGCCGCUGUCGGACUUUCGGACGACAGUAAAAUGGGUGACGACAGUGUGGUCGAGUGUGUCAACAACGGUAACAACGUGGGCUUGUUCAUGUCUUGGAACGACGGAACAACCAACACGAGGAUACCGACGCCGAGUGGAUCGGUGCAAUUGGACUCGGGUACGGUGACCGACGACACUAUAAGCUGCAAAUUUUGGAGGGAAAAAACGUCCACGGUUCAAGGACGAGUCUACGAUCUGGUCAACACUCCUUACUACUUGUUGGUCGCAGCUGGAAAAUCUCUGAAGUCGGGGGGCAUCGGGUACCACGCCGACGUAAAAGCGGCUACGGGUGAAGCCAAGCUUCUGUCGGACAUCGGAAGUUUUUCCGCCGCCAGCGAUCUACUGAUUCGUCUCCACGGAGCCCUCAUGUUAGCCGCGUGGAUCGGCACAGCGUCGGUCGGCAUGCUUCUUGCCAGGUAUUACAAACAGACCUGGGUCAGUUCGCAAUUGUGCGGAAAGGAUCAAUGGUUCGCGUGGCACAGGUUCUUCAUGGUGCUCACGUGGUCACUGACGAUCGCAGCCUUCGUUAUAAUUUUCGUUGAGAUCGGAACGUGGAGCUCCGAGACUAUCCACGCGUCGUUCGGGGUCGCGACGACCCUCCUCUGUUUCAUUCAGCCUUUCAUGGCGGUGCUCAGGCCACAUCCAGGAACCCCCCGAAGAACCAUAUUUAAUUGGGCUCAUUGGUUUGUCGGAAACGCGGCGCACAUUUGCGGAAUAAUCGCGAUAUUCUUCGCGGUUCAAACGAACAAAGCUCAACUACCGGAGUGGGUGAACUGGGUGAUGACCGCCUUCGUCAUAUUCCACGUUUUCUCGCACGUGGUACUUACGUUCGCCGGCUGUGCUUCCGACCGGCAAGCCAGUCAUCGAGUCAACUCAUUCCCGAUGAAGGACAUGCACGCGAGAAGUGCCAUGACGCAUCCGGACGCCAGACGAGAUGCACCCCAAGCCGGAUUGAGGAAGGCGAUCUUCGGCAUCUACUUCAUUAUUAUCAGCGUAUUCAGCGCCGCUCUCGUGGUGAUCGUUGUCCUGGCGCCGAUCUCUGACUCUUGGACGUAUUUGACCGACACCGUUUCCAACUAUUGAUCCGCCAAGAGCCGAGAAAUUGCUCUGCUCUUACCGGCGAAAAGCAUCGCGCGGAUCACAUUUUCACCUUUUCACGUCCUGUUGUACAUGUGUGUCUAUAUUCGUAUGGGUCAACCGCAAAGCGUAGGGAAGAAAAAGGAGAGACAAAAAAGGUAUACUUACACUCACGGAUGGGUACGUAUACACGCAUGUACGUAAUAGCCAGUACCAAGUACAAAUAAAUGAAUCAUACAAAUUAUAUAGCCGUCAUGCCACCGCUGCGAGUCCUGCGGUGAGCCGGUAAACCACAGUUUCAAAUAUAUACGUACAUCGAUUAUAAUCGUUGAAUCAAUUGGGAACGUAGUAAAAGAAAAAAAAAAAAAAGAAAGAAAAGCAGAAUGAGAUCUGUUUUUCGAAAAUAACAUAAUACAAUUUUUUUUCGCACGCAUAUACCUAUCUCGAUUAUAUUUUAUAAUCGUGUGAACUGCCGUCCAACGAGCUGUGUUAAUAUGAUAUUUAAAAAAUACAAAUUUGAAAUUCUUAUAUUGUACCUAUAGUGCAUUUUUACUGCGAGAAAAAUCGACCAAUUACCUAUCAAUGAAAUUUAUCGAGCGAAUCAUCGAGAAAAAGUGAGGGGAAAACAAUUUUGUUGAAAAUUCGAAAGUUAUUAUUUUUUUAUUUAUUCUAUUCUCCCGUUUUUCAUCCGAGGUACAUAGGUGCUCAAUACAUAUACAUUACAUAUUUACAAAAUAUAAAAUUAUAUAUUAAUAUACAUCUUAUCGAUUAAUAUUCUCAACGAUACAUAAACAGUAUUAGUGACCUUAUCUCUUUAAUUUCAUACGUAUAGAUGUACAAUGGAGAUACCGAUUCGAUGUUAUUUUGUGCUAAGCAGGCAGCAAUUGAAAUUAAAGGAUUAAUUAGUAGAAGUUGAUCGGGGUCCGCUGCGAUCUUAUAUUACGAUAUAUAUCGUAGUUGUUCGUUGAACAGUUUCGUUUCUACGAGACUACGGAAACUGAUUAAAUAAUAACGCAGCUGUUCCGUUUUAACCAGAAUACUCCGAAUUGAGUGACCCGCUAGGGGGUUUUGCUCGUGUAUUCCACGCGACCGAGGCGAUUAUUGGUGCUUUCGGAAAUUAUUGAUCCUAUAUGGCAGCGCUCAAUUCCUCGUCCAAGAACAACUCGCACGCGAUACGGCGAAUCACCGUCACUUGAAAUUGUCAUGUGUAUAUUUAGUAACAACGAAUCAUGCAAUAACUCUUCGAAGUCGAACGGUCGCUUUAUAUGCGACAAAGACGAGAAAUUUCACCAUGUAAUUAUCAUAAGUUAUUGAGAAUCGUGGCUGCUCUGUGUGCGAAUAUAAUAAAAUCUGGUAUUCAAUCGA